CCCAUUCAUCCACUCACUAAAUAGACAAAAAAAAAAAAACAGAAGAAACUUGGAUGAAAAGAAACGUGAGUGACGCUGAUGCCACAUCCCCAGGAUCAAAACGAGCUCCCAACCGUUACAGAGCUUCUCCAGCUACACUGCUAGCUAAGAUUUGCAGGUCUCAGCAGAAAUGUCCACCGAAGCCCAGAUAAAAAGCACCUCCAGCACCCCCGCUCCUUCUAAUUCCAUCACCUCGCCUAUGGAAGGCUCCCUCAAAAGCUUGAUGGAUAUAGCAUCGCUUAUCGAGACUGGCUCGUGCAAGGAGGAGGUUUUUCAUAUAGCUCGUGCUGUUCGCCUUACUAAUAGCUUGAAGAAGAAGCUGGCAGAGCCUAAUCUGCUCCAAGCUUUUUUGGAUUUUGCCCUUUCUCCACGCUCUGAGCUGCAUAACCGACUAUCUGGAUUUCUUGAUCAUCAGGGAGGUGAGCUUGGAAUGGAAGCUGAUUCUGCAACAUCUGCUCCAGCAAAACGCGUUUCUCCAGAGCUUGAGAUUUACUGUUACUUGCUUAUGCUGCUAUUUCUGAUUGAUCAGAAUAGAUACAAUGAGGCUAAAGCUUUCUCCUCGGCUGCCGUUGUUCGAGUGGAGAACCUAAGCAGAGGUGCUGUUGAAACUGCUGGUGUUCUAGCAUCUAGGGUGUACUUUUAUUACUCGUAUAUCCAUGAGGUCAUAGACGACCUUGCUGAAAUUCGUUGGGACCUUCUUCACUUGCUUACCAUUUCGACUUUGCACCAUGAUGACCUGGGUCAGGAAGCACUUCUCAAUCUGUUGCUUCGUAAUUACCUGCAUUACAACUUCUAUGACCAGGCAGAGAAAUUGAGGUCAAAGGCACUGCGAUUUCAAUCACACACAAUUCAGCAGGUUUGUCGAUACCUGUUUUAUCUUGGAAAGAUUCGGACAAUACAGUUGAAGUAUAAAGAUGCUAGAGAGAGUCUCCUUCAUGCUGCUCGGAAAGCUCCUGUUGCAGCUCAUGGCUUUCGAAUUCUGUGUAGCAAAUGGGCUGUCCUUGUUCAUUUACUAUUGGGAGAAAUACCUGAGAGGACAAUCUUUAAGCAGAGUGGAAUGGAGAGGGCUUUGAGGCCAUACUUCAUGCUUACAAAUGCUGUACGAAUUGGUGACCUGGAGCUAUUUAGGAAUGUUGCAGAAGAUCUUGCUGGUUUUUUCGGAUCAGACAAAACCUACAAUCUGAUUGUUCGACUGCGACAUAAUGUCAUCAGGACUGGGCUACGCAAAAUCAGCAUCUCCUAUUCCCGGAUCUCACUUGCUGAUGUUGCUGAAAAAUUGAAGCUGGACUCUGCAAACCCUGUUGCAGAUGUCGAAAGCAUCACAGCGAAGGCCAUCCGUGAUGGUGCAAUCCACGCUAUUUUAGAUCAUGCAAAUGGGUGGUUGGUAUCAAAGGACACCGGAGACAUUUACUCUACAGCCAAGCCACUCGCUGUCUUCAGCUCUAGGAUUGCUUUCUGUCUUAACUUGCACACUGACGCAGUCAAGGCCCUGCGGUUCCCGCCAAAGACACAAGAAGAGAAAGACUCCGAUGAUUACUGGAGAGAAAGCCAAGUGCUUGAUGAAGAAAUAGCAAGAGAAUUCAUGGACGAGGAUGAGACGUAUUUUUAGAAAGACUCUGAUGCCCCAUGUUUCUGGCCUUCAUUCUCCACUUUCUACAUUUCCUAUUCCUAAACAAACAUGUUUGUUUCAGUAUCAUAUGGAUAGUACUCUGUAUUUCCAUGGUGGAAUCACUAGUUUGAUCUAAUGUUACAAUCCCCAUUUUAGAUAUGCUAUGUACCUGGGGAUGGAUUAUCUCGGACAGACUGUAGAUGACCACCAUUUUCUACCAAGACUACAUUCACUUUUAUGGUUGGUGUCGUUGCGGACCGAUUCCAUAUAUGCUGUUUCUAAUUCGUGGAUUAAAAUCUAGCUUGACGUUUCUGUA